AAAAAACAAAAAAUGUCGAAUGAAAUUUUGACAAAAAAUGGAACUGGAUUUGAAAGUUAAAACAGAGCUCAACAUCUGACCCUCCCCAUCCAGCUCACUGCCCUACUCGGAGGUGUUGGGUUUUCCGCCAAUUGAACCACCGCUGCCGCUUCCAAGGCCGCCGCACCACUGCGUAACAUGGCCACUUCUGCCUGUAGCCUUAACAGUUACUGUUCUUUCUAUACUUGUAGCAAUAUCACUCCCACGUCCUUGUUCCUGAUUCCCAGAACCAAACACAAGAGCAUCAGUGCUCCCUUCUCCUCCUCCCUUUCAUUUUUAUCAAUAUCUCCGUCGCCCGGCUUGGCAAUUACAGCCAAAGCAGCGUCAAGCAGUAAUAACGGUAGAGAAGCCAAAAAGGAGCAAAAAGUUGAGGAAGAGGAAGAGGAAGAGGAAGUAGAGGAGGAAUUGCCCUGGAUACAAGAGAAGGCUUUGGAUUUGGUAGAGUUCACGGGAUCAGUCACGCAGGCCAUUCCCGGCCCGCGUGUGGGCCAAAGCUCCCUGCCAUGGAUUAUUGCCGUUCCGUUAGCUUAUCUUAGCAUCACUUUUGCCAUUGCAGUUGUUAAGACAGUUCGCAAAUUUAAUUCUCCCAGGGAGAAGCGUCGCAAAUUGGUCAAUACAAAUGCAUUUCUAUGCAAAACCAUAGAUGAGAUGUUCGAGAAAGGAAGAGAUGAAUUAGAUCAAUCGGCAUUGAACGGACUCAUGCAGAAGACUGGUUUUGACAUGGAGGAGAUUUUACGCAAGUAUAUAAGAUAUGUGUUGAAUGAGAAGCCAUUUAAUCCAGAUUGUGUAGCAAAUUUGAUCCAGCUUAGGAAAGCAUCAAUGUUGGACGAUUCUCAAGUCGCUAAAAUUCUGAAUGAAAUUUCAAGAAGGAUCGUGAAAGACAAAGGUCCUGUGGUCAUGGAUAUGACAGGAUAUUCUGAAAAGGGUUUCAAAAGAAAACUUGCAGUGCAGGCUCUUUUUGGAAAGGUUUAUUAUAUGUCUGAGGGUGAGCCACUCGUUGGAACGCAAGCCAACUCAGCUUGGCUUGCCUUGGAGGCGAGUCAUGGGGCAAGCCUCUCACAACCAAGCUGGUGCGGCUGUGCGGCAAGCAGAGCUGUUUUUUCUUUUUUCAAAGGAGCUGGUUCUCCCCAAAGCAAGAACAAGCUAGCUCGUCCGGCGGGCCGAGAUGAGCCAGCUCAGCUUGCUCAGUCCAUUAACAUCCCUACUUUCAAACCCAAUAUUGUUUUAAAAAAUUGAAUAUUAUAUCUUACUAGAAGCCUGAAAUAUCAGGUACCCAACUUUUUGAUUUUUGUCAAGGUUUGGGUAUUUUCUGAGUUUCUUUUCCAUUAUGUAGAUGACUGAGACUUACUUGCCACAGGUAAAAACACUAUCUUCUUUCAAUGUAGACAAGAUGCUGUAAAUAAACUUAAGGUGGGUUUAGUUACUCUUUGAUAGCCAAGUUAAGUUUCAUAUGAGGGUUGGUUAUGGAAAGUUUCUGAAAGAGGGGUCGUUAAUGGAUAAUGAUUCUAGCCUAAUAGCUGGAUGACUGGCUGUACUAAUGACUCAGAUUUGAUAAUAAUGUCUCAUAGAAUUAGUACUGGUCUGAAGUGACCUUUCUCCGUAUUAGAGUCUAUUUUUGGCUAAUUUAGGUGGAUUAGUUUAUUACCUUAUAUAGGCUAAGCUAAUUAUCAAACAAAAUCGGGGAUUAAUUUCCAUUGUACCGUUUUCUUAGUUUUUCAAGCAAGAUAUUUCUCUUUGUCCUUUUGAUCAGGAGGCGGAAGGCUUCCAUCAAUGUCCCCACAGAUCCCUUUUUACCUUUAACAAGCAAUUGAAAGUGAAAUAUCUACGAAGAGUAAUUCUUCCGAGUAAAGUGAAUGCAAACAGAAUAAGUUUUCUCAAUUGACAUGAUUAAAUAGUGUACAAACCAUACCAUAUUAGUUAUGCUUAUAAACUCAAGGCCAAGAAAAUUAGAAAUAAUGGCUUCAAAAACAAAGCCCAUCAUGAUAGGAGAGUCCAAAAUCAGAUAACCUAGCUGAACUUCAAGAAAUGACAGCCCAACAAUGGUUAACUUAACCUAACAAGAAUCAUCCUAAAACCAAUUAAAAAAAUAGAUAGAGGAAAUAAAAGCCCCACACACACCUAGAAGAAGAUAGGAAUGGCUUACGGAGGAGACGAGUUGAACGAUGGCAGAUGAUUGCAACAAAACUUGUUCCGACCAAGACCUACAACUAGCUUGCU